CUUUUUUUGUUGCUUUCUGCACUGUAAAUGGCACUUCAAUGACUCUCUCUCUGGGGCACAGAAGCAGAACCUCCUCCAAGAUUCGAUUUUUAACGUUGUUACUGUGUGGGCACCCAAAUUUGCAACUGCCACAUGGCUCCUGCUGUGUCAUCUCCACCACCCAGCUUCGCUCUAUCCAUCAGGGACGACCAAAUGGAAGACAAAGAAGAGGAGAGCAAGUGUGCUUACCUUGUGGUAGCUCUCUGUCCUUGUCUCGUUUGCUUCGUUCUCCUCUUAAUAGCUCUUUCUAUCAUUCUUCUUGUCAAAUUCCAUUUCUUUUGCCACACUCCUCUGCAUUACUUGCUCUUCAAAAAGACCUGUUGAUUUCCCAUUCGGGGAGUUUUUCUGGGUUGCCCGUUUCUAGUUUUCGAGGAAAGUUUUCAUUUUUGAGUAAUCCCAGGGCAUUUGCUAGUGUUACUGGAGGUGAUGCUGAUUCUGGGGUUGAAUCUGGCAUCGAGGAUGAUGAUAAUAGUUAUCAAGGUGGUGAUGGUGGUGGUGAUGGUGGAGGUGUUAAAGCUGAAUCCUGUGCUGAUCCAGAUGAGGUUGAUAGGGUAUGCAAGGUGAUUGAUGAAUUGUUUGCAUUGGAUAGGAACAUGGAGGCUGUUCUUGAUGAAUGUGGGGUUCAGUUAUCACAUGAUUUGGUUGUGGAUGUGCUGCAACGGUUCAAGCAUGCUAGGAAGCCUGCAUUUCGGUUCUUUUGUUGGGCAGGGAAGAGGCCUGGGUUUGCACAUGAUUCCAGGACCUAUAACUCCAUGAUGCAUAUUUUGGGUAAGACUAGACAAUUUGAGACCAUGGUAGCAAUGCUUGAGGAAAUGGGUGAGAAGGGGCUUUUAACAAUGGAAACUUUCUCCAUUGCUAUCAGAGCCUUUGCUUCUGCAAAGGAAAGGAAAAAAGCUGUUGGGAUCUUUGAUCUGAUGAAGAAGUACAAAUUUAAAGUCAGUGUUGAUGCUAUUAAUUUCUUGCUUGAUAGUCUUGGUGCGGCAAAGCUUGGUAAAGAAGCACAAGUCGUUUUUGAAAAACUGAAAGAUAGAUUUACACACAAUUUGCAAACUUACACCAUACUUCUUAAUGGAUGGUGCAGGGUGAAAAACUUGCUGGAGGCAGGGAGGGUGUGGAAUGAGAUGAUUGAUAAGGGGUUUAAGCCAGAUAUUGUUGCACAUAAUAUUAUGCUUGAUGGGUUGUUAAGGUGUAAGAAGAAAUCCGAUGCAAUCAAGUUAUUUGAAGUCAUGAAAGCCAAAGGUCCAUUGCCUAAUGUUCGGAGUUAUACAAUUAUGAUACAGGACUUCUGUAAACAAAAGAUGCUGAAUGAAGCUAUAGAAUAUUUUGAUGAAAUGAUAGACCGUGGAUGUGAAACUGAUGCUGCCCUUUACACAUGUUUGAUCACUGGGUUUGGGAGGCAGAAGAAAAUGGAUAUGGUAUACGAUCUACUGAAGGAAAUGAGGGAAAGAGGUUGUCCACCUGAUGGGAGGACCUACAAUGCUUUAAUAAAACUGAUGGCAAGCCAACAUAUGCCAGAUGAUGCAGUGAGAAUAUACAAGAAAAUGGUUCAAAGUGGCAUCAAAACAACAAUUCACACUUACAACAUGAUGAUGAAAUCCUAUUUUGUGACAAAAAAUUAUGAAACGGGUCGUGCAGUUUGGGAUGAGAUGCAUCAUAAGGGGUGCUGUCCUGAUGAUAAUUCCUACACUGUAUUAAUUGGUGGGCUUAUAAGACAGGGCAGGUCUGAUGAGGCAUGUAGAUAUUUAGAGGAGAUGAUAGAGAAGGGGAUGAAAGCUCCUCAGCUUGAUUACAACAAGUUUGCUGCUGAUUUUUCUAAAGCUGGGAAUCCUGUCAUACUUGAGGAGUUAGCUCAAAAGAUGAAAUUUGCUGGUAAGUUUGAAGUAUCUAAUGUCCUUGCUAGUUGGGCUGACAUGAUGAAGAAAAGUUUCAAGAGAAGAGAGCCUACAAAAUCUGGUAGGCAGUUUACAUGAAUACCUGAUUGCCUUGUAGGUGGCCUGAACCCCUUUGGUCCAAGAUUAUAAUAGCAACAGAAUUCCACUUAUUAUCUUGUUUGGAUUCUAGCUUUUGUGUAAACUUCUUUUUUGUCUCCCCCCACCCUCCCUCUCCAAAAAAUAAAAUAAAAUCUACUUAGGUCUUUAUUUUGUACAUUGAUAUUGGUUGAAACUUAUAAACCAGUGUUGUACAAUGGCAUGUACCAGUUUGAAUGAAAAA